CAAAUUGAUGCACUUCUUUAAACUACCAUAUUAUGCCACAUGGCAGCAAACCAAGUGGCCAAGUAAUUGUAGUCCUCCAGCCUACUCAAUCAGCCGUAUGGCCACAUCCAUUUCGCCACGUUGUAAAUCCCGUUAUAUCAAUCUUCAAACUCUAUGGAGUAUUUGAAAAAAGAGAGGCCACCUAAGCUCUACCCAAUUAAUUUGGAGACCAUAUUAUAUAAAUACCUCUGUUGCAGCUACUAACAAACCAAAAACAGAAACACUUUCGAAAAUUCUAACACUUCUUACCAAUCUUCUUUCUCUUCUUCUAUAAAUGGAUUGGACUAGAGGCAAUACUAUAGGCCACGGCUCAUUUGCCACUGUAUCCGUUGCCAAGUCACGUUUCUCCGAUGAUGUUUUUGCUGUCAAGUCUGUGGAGUUAUCAAAGUCACAGUUCUUGCAUAAAGAGCAGAAAAUUCUGUCCAAAUUUAGCUCCCCUUAUAUAGUUAGCUACAAGGGGUACGAUGUUACAAAGGAUAGCGACAAACUCAUGUUUAAUCUUAUGAUGGAGUACAUGUCUGACGGCACACUUACAGAUGCAAUUCAGAAACAGGGUGGUCGGAUCAACGAGCAGUUGAUUGGGUAUUACACGAAGCAAAUUCUACAAGGACUAGAAUAUAUACAUUCAAAGGGCAUAGCACACUGUGACAUUAAGGGACAGAACAUUUUGUUAGUUAAAACCGGUGCCAAAAUUGCUGAUUUUGGUUGUGCUAAGUGUGUUGAUCCAAUUGGUGGUGCAGUUGCUUCUCCCUCCAAGCCAAUUGGUGCAACGCCGAUGUACAUGGUACCAGAGGUGGCGCGUGGGGAAGAACAAGGGUGUCCAUGUGAUAUUUGGGCAUUGGGAUGUACUAUUAUUGAAAUGGCCACUGGUGGAUCACCAUGGACUAACGUGACAAAUCCAGUUUCAUUGCUUUACAGAAUUGCAUUUUCAGGGGAAUCCCCUGAAAUUCCAAAGUUUCUGUCUUUACAAGCAAGGGAUUUCUUAAGCAAAUGCUUGAGAAGAGAUGCGAAAGAAAGGUGGACAGCUAAAGAGCUCCUCAAACAUCCAUCUCUAGAAGAAUAUUAUAAUUUGAAUCAAGAUUUUGUGACAAGCUCACCAACAAGCAUUCUUGAUCAAGACAUUUGGAAUUCAGUGGAGGAAUCAGAAACUAUAGAUAAUUCAAUACAAACAAUUAGCUCAAUGAACUCUCAUCUGCAAAGGGUAAGAGAAUUGAAUUUGAAUUCAGGGGAAUUGAAUUGGAGAUGGAAUGAUGAUGACAGAUGGAUCACAGUUAGAAGAAGCAGUGAAUAACUCAUUGGAACAAUGACUCAUUGCUGUAAAUUUUGUACUAUAGAAUAAUGUACAGAUCCACUAACCAAGAUAUUCAGAUAUUUUUCUAUUAUCUCUUGCGAACUGUCAGAAAUUUAAUUUUGAUCUUUAUUUAAGUACCAUUUGUCAGUUUGCUACA